AUGUUGCUGUGGUCAGUAUGGAGUGUAACGUUGCUACUGACUGCGCUGGAGGCUGCAGAAGAGGACGAUGUCCGAGCAGGCUGCAGCACAGCCGUGAAUGACCUGGUGUAUAUUGUUGAUGGCUCAUGGAGUGUUGGCUUCUCUGACUUUGACACGGCCAAGCAGUGGCUUAUCAACAUCACCAGUCAGUUUGACAUCAGUUCCCACUACACACAGGUGGCUGUGAUCCAGUAUAGUGACACACCUCGACUGGAGAUUCCUCUGGGGAAACAUCAGGGCGGAGCAGAGCUCAUCCAGGCCAUACAGAGCAUCACCUACCUGGGAGGAAACACACAGACGGGCCGGGCCAUCAAGUUUGCUGUGAACCACGUGUUCUCCUCUUCUCAGCGAGCCAACCUGGUCAAGAACCGCAUCGCUGUGGUGGUCACUGAUGGCAAGUCUCAGGAUGAUGUGGUGGAUGCCAGCAUGGAGGCUCGAGCUCAGGGUGUUACAGUAUUUGCUGUGGGAGUUGGCAGUGAGAUCACCACCUCGGAGCUGGUAUCUAUCGCCAAUAAACCAUCAUCCACCUAUGUCCUAUACGCUGAAGAUUACACCACCAUCGACCGUAUCAGAGACUCCAUGGAACAGAAGCUAUGUGAAGAGUCUGUAUGUCCCACACGAAUCCCAGUGGCGUCUCGUGAUGAGAAAGGCUUUGAGCUGAUGGUGGGCAUGAACAUUCAGAAGAAGGCCAAGAAGAUCCCUGGCUCUCUGGUUUCAGAAACAGCCUACACCCUCACUGCCUCCACUGACAUUACUGAGAAUACCAGAGAGAUUUUCCCAGAAGGCCUCCCUCCAUCCUAUGUGUUUGUAGCCACUGUGCGUCUAAAAGGGACUUCGAGCAAGCUGCCGUUUGACCUUUGGCGGGUGCUGUCAAAGGAUAAGGAGAUCCAGGCUGCAGUAACACUGAGUGGAAAAGACAAAGCUGUCACCUUCACUACGACCAGCAUGACAGAAAAGGAACAGAGAGUCACCUUUAAAGCAGGCUUUCAGAGUCUGUAUGAUGGAAAAUGGCAUCAGCUUAAACUCCUGGUGAGGCCACGUCACGUCACUGGUUUCCUUGACGAUCAGCAGAUCCAGGAGGUCAUGUUGGACCCAGUGGAGCCCAUUUACAUCAAUGGGGAGACACAGGUGUCUAAGAGGCGAGGAACGAGCGUCACUGUACCUGUGGAGAUCCAGAAGCUGCGUUUGUACUGUGAUCCUCAUCAGAGUGAGAGAGAAACAGCUUGUGAAAUCUACUCUGUG